CCUCCCACAUUUACACAGGAAGUAAACAUACGCAUUACGUCAUCAACACGCGCCAGUUGUUUUUGGCGGUUGGCUCUGAAUAAUUUUCGAGUGUGGUGUACCUUUAGUUUUGUUUGGACAGGCUUCUUCUUCUGGUCACAAUGACGCAAAGAAAACGGUCUUUCGGCUCUCAGAGCUUCUCUCAGAACAGAAGGCAGCCCAGCUCGUCUGGGACUCAGGAGGACAACGAGGAUUCGACGUUCACUCAGCCGAGCACGUCACAGGUCCAGAGAGGGCUGGAGAAGCUGACACCUGCACAAGUGGACCAGAAGACUUCAGAGGUGAUUCAAUACUUCCUGGUGAAGGACCAAAAGAAAGUUCCUGUGCGCCGAGCAGACCUUGUGAAACACGUGGUGAAGGACUACAGAAACAUCUAUCCUGAGAUCAUAAAGCGAGCAGCUCGGACCUUUGAGCAGGUGUUUGGUUUGAAACUGGUUGAAAUUGACCCCAAAAAUCACACAUAUAUAUUGAUCAAUAACCUGGAAGCCGCUGACAAACCUUCACCAGUCGAAUGCCCUGCAAAUCCCAAACUUGGUCUACUUUUCGUGAUUCUGGGUGUUACUUUCAUGAAGGGAGGUGUCGUCAGAGAAAAUGUCAUCUGGAACACACUAAAGAAACUGCGAGUUGACUCUGGAGAGAAGCACGAAGAGUUUGGAGACGUGAAGAGACUCGUCACAGAGGAGUUUGUGCGUCAAAGGUAUCUGGAGUAUGUGCGGAUUCCUCACACUGAGCCCAUGGAGCAUGAAUUCCGCUGGGGUCAGCGGGCGGACAUGGAGGUGUCCAAAGCCAAGAUUCUGGAGUUCAUGGGCCAGCUUCAUGAGCAGGAGCCUCAGAGCUGGACUCAGCUGUACAGAGAGGCUCAGGCCAGCAGCAGCAGCCAGAGAUGACUGCCAUCGCAAUGCUUUUAUUUAUUUUGGAAGCGGUCUGUGCCUUUUUCUAUUGCAUUAUUGUUAUGAAUGCCAGGUUUCUCUGUAUCUUUUCAUACAUUUUAUUAAAAAAAAUAAAUCUGUUCAAGCUAUGUGACAGCC